AUGAACGGAAUAAUGAAUUUGUCGGAGCAAGGAUCACUGUCCAGUGCUAGUCCAAAGAAGUUCCCAGAGCACGGCUUCUAUAACCUGACAGACAAGAUUCUUCUCUUCAAACACGACCUGUCCGAUACGAACAUCCUUAAAUUGAUAACAAAAGGACCAGAUGUUAGCAAUGGAGUCUUGGUUGAAGUUGUCCUUUCAGAGGCAAGGAUCUCCUUGCAAUCAAAUCCAGUCAAUGCGAUAGCAGUGUCAGGCACCUUACCGUUACACCGUCGCGUCAUCGGUAAUGCAAAUGAUGACGGAGAGGAUAACUACGAUGAUGCUGACACGGCAAUGGAAGAUUUGCAGAUACGACCACACAGCUUGCAUGUCCACUCAUACAAAUCUCCGCACUUCUGUGAUUUCUGCGGUGAGAUGCUCUUUGGACUGGUUAAGCAGGGGCUCAAAUGUGAUGGUGAAUCAAGGUAUGCUUCACACACAUUGCACGUGAUAGAUUGGAAUUUCUUUGCAUUCGAACCCACUCAAAUGGGCAGGGGCAGUGACUGCAACAACAGUGCCAAGCAUCUCAACCAUUGCACCAUCGCCUUCGUCGCUCAGAUAUACAGUUCAAUUUGUAAUAUAUUCAUUAUAUCAGUAGAUUUACCAUCAGAUAUAUUAUCUUUCUAUCUCAGGGAAAAAGGUGCAACCUUAGCAAUGUAUGCUAUAUUAAUGGUGACCUUAACUAAGAUGAUAGCCCAAAGUAUAAUGUCAGUCAUAUUGGAAAACAAAAAAUGA